AGUAUAAAAUGCAUGCUUAAAGGUUUUCAGCUUUACUCAGUUAGUUAACCGUUUUGCUGUGUAGGAAUAAAUCUACAUACACGUACUACUGUAGUAAGUCCAGAAUUCAAAUCCGGGAAGGGUCACAUUUGCAGUCCAACAGCAGCAACAAUGCAGAUGCAAUUCUCUUGGCGUACCAUCACGCCAGGAAACAUUCCUCUGGCCUCACAUCAUAGGGUAAUUCGAACGUCUCGCAUUUUGAACGUUUUCCCAUCCUUUCAAAUUUUGACCUUUUUUAAUUUGAUCCCUCGUCAUGAAACAGUGGAAAACGGGACCUUUUGCCAGCGCUUUCAUAGAAUUUCCAUAUGGCGGGUUGUUACCACGUUUACAAUAUUUACCUUUCUAGCGUUGUUACUUUUACAUGAUAUUAUCUAUUUCUUUAUGGACAAGGCAUUCUGGACGUCAUAUAUGCAAUCGGAUAACCGGAUUGUCACCUUACUAGUAUCUGUGCGUUAUAUACUGAUAUUUAUCAAAAACUGUACUGCGGUUUUUGUUUUCGCUUUGAAAUCUCGCAACAUGAGCAUAUACUUGACACGAAUGAAUGCGCUAGUAGCGAAACUGCGUAUUACUCGUCGGCAGGAAAAGGUGAAUCGAAUCUUAUUUGUCAUUUUGUACCUGAUCCCGUUCUUGCUAAUUGGACUACGUGUAUUCAUCAGCGCUAUAGUGAUUGCAAAGUCGUCGUAUGCGUAUCGAACCGUCCCAUUCGGACUACUGCAAGCGCCGGUUUGGGCGCGCUACACAUUUUAUUUUUUUGCAGAAUUCCUGGGAGGGGUUUUAUCAUUUGCAGUGUACAUCCAGAUUAGUGCGUUUGCCCGAGUGUUAUGGUUGUUUUGCAGGAUCUUUAAUAAGCAGAUAAUCGCGUUGCGUGAGAAGCUAAGUCAUGAUAAUACCAAGAAAGGUCAUCAAAUAAACCGAGUCCAGUUUCUGAACGAUGUUCUAAAAAUACGGUGUCUGCACGAAGAUAUUAUAGAAGCAUGCAGCGAUCAUGAACAGUUAUUUUCGUUUCAAAUUCUGCUCGGUAUUCUAACAAACGCUUGCAUUGUUUUUUCCACUUUGGCAUCGUUUUUCACUCCUUCGUUAUCAACGGAAGCCUGUUGUGUUUACGUACUCUCGAUUUUGGGCUUUCUUUAUAUUAUGUUCCUGUUGCCGUUAUUCCCAAUACAACUGAACGAAGAGAGCGGAUGCACGUUGGAAUUCCUCCAAACUUUGGCGCACAAACGGCACAUGAUGAGAGCCGAACAACUUUCCUCCACCAGCCACAAUCCUUCUGAUGCUGUCGAUAAUAUGGAAAUUAUUUCCUUAGCCGCAUUCCUACAAAGAGCCUAUACGAAGCCGCUGACAAUAUCUGCGGGAGGAUUUAUGGAUUUGACUCGCUCUUUUGUGAUUUCUGUUGGCGCUGUAAUUAUCGGAUUUACGAUAUUUUUGAUGGAACGUGUGGAAAGUCAGGUUGACCUAUCCACAGGAACUGGCACCUUGUGCCAUAACAGCUCCCGUCCUUUCAUGCGAGUCAUCAGAGAAAUCAGACCGGUUAUAAUAUAACGACACUCCACUUAUCGUUAAUAGAGUCUACUAAGCUGGAACGCGUUUGGUUAUUAAUGAAUCUAGUGCUCGCAUUUGUCGGCCAUCAUUCUUCAGCAACGUUUUGAAUUGUAAACUGUGCUAAUUGGCUUCGCCAAUGCCUGGGACAGUCGGGCCAGAUGCUUCUAGCUUUACCAAAGAUGUUAAACAACAUCUAUUGGCUGUUGGCCUUUAAGCCGACCGUGCUGCUGCUCAUUAUAAACAAAAAUUGUUAAGC